UGCGUAAUGGGCCCAGAAUGGAUUGCCUAGUAAUCGGGCCAUCUGAAUGUUCCGUAGGCAUAACGGAUGGGUCCUAGUAGGGUUCACGUGGUUAGAUCGAUACAACUACCCAAUCGAUUGGCACAUUAACUGGUCACUCCAUCGUAAUCAACCUGUGGCAAACCGUUAACUGGAGAAACCCUAAAUGAGAAUUGUACUACUUCAUAUCUUCAUACCUAUUGUGCUCAGUAUCAAACUGGUUUUGAGUUACCGGAGGUCAUAUGGUGAAGAGUUUGAAGAUCCGGAGCCAACGGAGGAGCCAUUUGACCCAAUUCGUCACAAUUUCACACUAGCAGGUCUGACAGCGAAGAAAUGGGAAGGACCAUACUUUCAGGAAGCGCUACUGGGCAGCGUUAUUUACGUGCCAUGCGCACUGAAGCCGGAAAUGAUGACGCGAUUGUUUAAUCAGCGAAAGUUGGCAAUGACAGAGAAAUACUUUUGGGCGUUGUUGUGGGUCCAUCAAAACUGGAAUAACGUUAUCGAUCCUUGGUUGGGAGACGGGCGGAGAAGCUAUGAUAACUUGCAAGUGGUUCCUUAUUGGGACCCAGACAAAAAUGCAGUACUGGACCAAGCACGACUGACCAUUCUGGACGCCAAUCCAACAGAUAAUGGGGUCUACGCCUGUGUAGUCGCCAUGUACCCACCGGAGAAGGGGCUUUCUCCUGUCAUUCUCUCAGAAGCUGAUCUGGUAAGCGUACACUUUGUGCGCAUCAAGUCGGCGAGUGUUCUCAACCAGGCGUGCAAAGCGGCGGACAAUAUCAACUGUCAGACGGGAUUCGAACCGUUUACACAUCACGUGUACUACCCAACUGGAGAUAAAAAAGGAGAUUUGAUUUUUCAAGCUCAAUGUAACGUGGACAUCUUUCUCACUGCGCUGUCGCUAGGUGGAGUUGAUCCGACGUUUUGGAGUCUCGGCUGGCGGUUUGUGCCAGACGGAAUGUUUGAUGAUACGGUGGCGGUGGAAAUGGACGAAAAAUUGGAGCUUCGACUCCAAGCGCCCGUACAUGUUUGCGAUCCGGUAUCGAUUGUGCCUUGCGUGUAUAAUGAGGAACCGAGUAGAGGGGAUCCACAAAUCGGACAACAGGAUCUGGCACUAGCCCAAAGGCACGCCAGCAAAUUGUGGAAAGCCCGUUGGUUGGUGCUGACAGGGACAACACCGCAGACUUCAGGCAAGUGGCAAUGUUGGAUCCAUGGUCUCGGGAUGACAAGUCAUAAAAAGACAAAAAGCAUUCCAGUUUACUGGUUCAUCGACGAGUUGCAUAUAAAGAUAAUACCAAAAGCGGCAUUGAACUCGUGGUGGAUGACGCCCGAAUUUUGGCGCGUUCUGGGACUUGUCACAGCACCAACCGUCUUCCUCUUGAUUGGGCUAAUCAUGGCCGUGGGGCGCACAGCGGCUUACUUGCACCCAGAGAAGGUACCAAGGAGGAAACACAUCAAGUUGUUGUUGGAACAGACUUCAGAGGUGACAGGCGCUCAAGAUAAAAUUGAAGCGGAGGAAUUCGAACCGUACGCGUACAUGAACUACUUUCUGAGCAGGCAAGGAGUGGAAUCCUAUCAGGUAGCUGGCCGUGGUCGUCUGAGUCGAGUGCUGUUCCGCUGAUUAACCAGAUUCCGAAGUCCAAUACACAGCACAGGUCAAUGAGAAUUCACCGAGCAAUGUCAUGUAUAUGAACUUCACACGAACCCACGAUGUCGCAAUAAAGUGUGCAUUUUAAUUUAUAAAACCUUACGUGAUACAUAACCCAGAGAGAGUUCUGGGAUGAAGCGAAGAUAAGGCCUGCUUACUUACUUACUCAAGCGAUUGAAUGAUGAAACACAUAACUGAUGCGACCAUUAGAAACGCGAAACACAACUGGAGACUCCAAAUAAUUUGCAGGAGCAGUGGAUCCCUUAAAAUGAUCAAAAGAGUGGAACAGAGUGCAGAACUGCAGGAUACUCAAGAUACCUUGUAGAUGAUGGCUUCGAGAAGUAGCAAAAGAUUAUCUAACGUAUCUGCAGGCUGAUCAACAUGACCAAUUACGAGCGC